AUGGCAAAGGCUCUGUUUCCAUGGGGGGUCCUCAGAAAGCCUCUGUACGUCCAGGCCAGAUUCUCCUACCUCCACAUCAAGUACCUGUUCUUUUCAUGGCUGGCAGUGUUUGUGGGAAGCUGGAUAGUAUACGUGCAAUAUUCGUCCUACACAGAGCUGUGUCGAGGGCAUGACUGCAAAAACUCUAUAUGUGACAAAUACAGGAAAGGACUCAUCGACGGGUCAGUCUGCAGCAGCAUGUGUGAGAAAGAAACGCUUUACCUGGGAAAGUGUUUCACUGCCAAACCAAGCAGUCAGGUUUACUCAGGGAACUGGGGAGAUUUACCGGGAGUAAUCAAGUGCCAGAUCAAGGAGGCCCCUCACUAUGAUUUGGGAGGUGAGAUGGAGCCCAGGAGGGAAGCUGCUGCCUUCAACAAGCCCACCAAGGGAACCUCGGUGGAAAAGUUCAGAGAGAUGAUAAUCAACCACCUAAAGGCUAAAGUAGGGGACCAGGCCAACCUUGCAGACCUGGCAACCCAGGUAUUGUCCAUAGCAGAUGCUAAUAAGGAUGGUCAUAUCUCACUACCAGAGGCUCGCUCCACAUGGACUCUGCUGCAGCUCAAUGAGUUCCUGUUGGUGUUGGUCUUGCAGGGUCGGGAGCACACACCAAAGCUGCUUGGCUUCUGUGGAGACCUUUACAUGAUGGAGAAGGUGCCAUAUUCUUUGUAUGGGAUCAGCCUGCCUUGGAUCAUUGAUGUGUGGAUUCCUGCUGGUCUGCGCCGCAGAAUGGACCAGUGGUUCACACCCUCAUGGCCUCACAAGGCAAAGAUCUCCAUCGGCCUGCUGGAGCUGGUUGAGGACAUCUUCCACGGCACUUAUGGCAGUUUCCUCAUGUGUGAUGUGAGCACUGCUACUUUUGGUUACAAUGACCGGCAUGACUUUAAAGUGAAGGAUGCCCGAUACAUCAUUCCUGAAGUCACCUUUCAGGAAAGACUUCAGCAGCAGCGCUGCGACGUGGACGAAGACUGUCUGUAUGGGGCAGACUGCCUGACCAGCUGUGAUCUCACCAAGCAUAGGUGCACACCUGAGGUCACUAGGCCAAACUUGGCAAAAGCCUGUGACACGCUGAAGGACUACAUCUUGAGGGGAGCCCCAUCUGAUGUGAGUGAGGAGCUCGAGAAGCAGCUGUACUCUUGCAUUGCACUCAAGGGUUCAGCAGAACAGAUGGAAAUCGAGCACUCGCUCAUUUUAAACAACCUGAGAACAUUACUGUGGAAGAAAAUCUCUCAUACAAAAGAUUCUUAAACACACAGCUAUUACCACACUGGUACAAUGACACCUUCCAGUCUUUAAAAUGGACAAUCUGUGGUAAUGAUGGGAACAUUCCUCUUUGUAUUCAAUUUAA